AUGCCAGUGCAGAACUCUAAACCUCCAGCACCCCCGGAGCUUCUAAAAUUGAUCUUUUGCAAAUGCAAAGGAAACUGUGGAGCGAUGUGUGGAUGUCGAAAAGCAGGACUGAAAUGUUCUGCAGUAUGCUUCCAUUGUUCUGGAGAGACUUGCAGCAACGUAAUGGAACUCUCAGAAUUAAUUAAUGAAAAUGACUUUGAUGAUGAACCGCCAACAUUAACACCCCUUCCUUCUCCAGUUUUCCCACUGGUAUUUGAUUCAGAAAGCCAAUCAAAUGCUGAGCCGCAGCCUGGUCCAUCGAAACGACUGAGGACGAAGUAG